UAGAGACAACGAGUGCGUCCCGGUGUAUCUCCGUGAAUGGCUUUCCUGUUUAUUAGUUUCAGCGGUUAUGAUUCCGUCGUUUCUCUGUGUAUUUCAACAUGAAUGCCAGUAAAAUAUGAUAUUCGAGGUGCGACCUCGCAAUUACUGUGAGAACACGCUGCGGAUAGUUGACGGCUACUUGAAUGCGUUUUAUCUGAAAACUUUCUGAAGUAUUUGGAGCUUUUGGAGCUACGAAGAUUUCGUUGUUUAUGGCAACUGACGUUGCUACAUGAUUUAGAGGAAUAUACGAGUGUUGGCCCGUGGCGUUUAAAGAAGGAAAAUAACGUCUAUUCACGAACAUCCAGAAGCAGAUGUGAACUCGAAAGAAUUCUACUUUGAAAGUCAACGAAAACGUUUCAAACAGGGAGAUUCUAUGGACAGUGACAACUGUAAUGUUCAUGGUAAAAUGUCAAGUACCGAUGCUGCCAAGAAGAGUAACAAGUCCCGGGCUAAGAACGACUCGAAAGCUAGACCAAUGUCUAGAAAUAGGGAGGACGAUGUGAUUGCAGAAUCGGAUGAAAUUCAAGUAGGAAACAGAAGGUCUAUGUUAAGAAAAAGGAGUUCAGCUGUAUCGAGGGUAAGAACUGAGGGUGAUUCAAACUCGUCGAGCGAAAGCGAGACCGGUAAGUCCGAGAAGAGAGUGUCCAAUGUAAAAACAUAUAGGGAUGGGAAGCACGGAGAGAAAAAGGACGAAAGGUCAGGAGGUUCUAAGACUAGAGCUGCUCGAGAGAGUUACAGUUCGGAUUCUGAAGUAGAAGUAUUUCAAAAUGCGAGUCGGAAUAGUAAUGCUAGGAGGAGUAGGAAUCGAACUUUGUCAGAAUCUAGAACAAGUAAGAGAAUAGGUAAGAGCGCACAGCAUAACGAUUCAGAGUCCUCAAGUAAUGCAGAGAGUUAUAAGUCUACACAGUCUAUGGCAAAGUUCAAUGGAAAAGCACAGUUAGCAACAUCGUCCAAAGGAAGUAAAGAAUACCGGCGAUCGAGCAUGAGAGACAAAGUUCCUAAAAAGCUAUCAGAUAUCGAAUCGAAAUCAGACACUGAAAGUACAGACGAGGACAAAGAAUGUACUGCAAAGCAGUCAAGAACUUCGUCAUUGAAACAAGGAAAGAGAGGAAAGAUGGAGUCUGCGAAAGUUGGAAGCUCUCAAAUCUCUGAUAAAAAAAGACAUGAAACCGAUUCUAGUUCUGGAAAGGAGUUUCAGGAUUCGAAGCUUGUACGUAAGAGCUACGUUAAAUUGAAACAACUUUGUAAUAUAGAUGAAGAUUAUACUCUGACUAUAAAAUCAGAAGACCGUUCAAGGAAUACUUCACCUACCCAAAGCGAGGGGAGGAGAGACUUCACAAAACGUCAAGGCAUGUCUUUGAAGUCGAACACGGAUAAGUUCUUGCAACGGUUAAAGGACAUAUGCGCGAAAACAGUUAUUGAAGCAGAAAUCAGUAGGAGAAGAUAUUGUUCCAAAGAAAUAAUACAUACAGAUGAUGCUGUAACUACUAUGGUCAAUUCUGAAAACCUAGUGAAUACUACUUUUUCUCAGGUGGAAACACUGAAAAAUGAACUUGAAAAGUUUUAUGCCGAUUGGCACAGGAAAUGCAAAAUUUCUAACAUCCCUUCUCAAAGAAGCAAUGUAUCAGAUGUGGAUAACUUAACAGAUGUGACAAAGUCAAAUACAAGAGAAUUGGAUAACAUGAAGGAUGAUGAAUCGUCUAAAGAUGAGACCUUUAAUAAGAAGUCUUCAUCGAGCAAGAAUGAAGUUAAUGAUGAUAAAGGUAUCGAAGUAUCGGAUUGCGAUAGUGAAGAAAUUUUCUCAGGGAGUGAAAUGAGAACUUCCAAUGUAAAUAAAAGUUUGUGUAAAGAGAAGGAUGAAAUAGUCGAAGGUGAAACUCAGAAACGUAGGAAUUCAAGUAUGCAGAGGUUAAGUGACGAGAGUGAUGAUGUUAUAUUAAAUAUUGAAGAACAGAAGAACGAAAAGAAUAAUUCAAAGAACUGCAGGAAAAGUGCCGAUAGGAAUUCUGAUACGGCAGAACGGAAAGAGAGCACUAAAGAAGUGCCAUCAGUUGAAGAAGAGAUCUGUGAUUCACAAAAUAGUGAAAAUGAGGCUACUUUAGUAUUACCAAAAGCUGCAAAAUCGGGAGCCACUGUUGAAAAAAAUAAUAGUUUAAUAAGGACUCCUGUGAUCGAGAAAAAUAAAGAUGCUGUUGCGGUUAAGGAUGAAAAUUCACAAAAGAGAUGUAAAGAAAGCGACGAUGAGACUUUCGGUGGAAUUGAUGGAUUGAUCGUGGAUGAUUCAUCAAGUGAUAUGUUUGACAGUAGUAUCAAUGCUGUGGAAGACACUGAUGAGAUAAAAUCCACGAGGGGAAAGUCUUCAAAGGUUGCAGAAAUGAGAACUGAUAGAGACACAGUUCUUAAAAGUAGCAAAGAUCAAUCUGAAGCAUCAGGUUCUCUUUCAAAAACUGAAGCCAGUUGUGAUAAUUUAGGUAACGAUUUAAACUCUACUGUUGACAACAAUAAGAUUGUUGCCAGUAAAGAAGAUGAUAAUAAAGGGAACAAAGCAGUUCCACCGUGCGAGGAAAAUACCAGAAUGGAGGAAGAGGCUAAUCCUUGCAAAAGCAAGUCCGAUGAUUCAGAAAACGAAGAACUUGUUUUACACGGUAACACGGAAUCCGCAAUUUCAAAGGAUGUAGCGAAACAAAUUGAAAACGAUUCUGCAAAUGAAACCAAAGAUCCGAAAGAGGUUGAAGAUGGUACCGUUACCCCGGUGUCGACUCCAGUAGUAAAAUUGCAAGAAGAGAUUGUUGCGAAGAACGAAGAGAAGAAGAAUGAGAAACCGCUAAGACAAGGUAUGACUAAACAUGGGUCAUCGGACAGUUUUUCAGAUAAUUCUAUUUUAGGGAAUAUAGAAGAGACUCCUGAGUUAACUGAGAGUGACGAUGUGGAGCAGCUUGCAAAGAAUGCUCUAUUAAAUUCAAACUCUGAAGAUGAUUCCGGAUCAUUGGACACGAGCAAUGGCUCAAAAAGCAAUAGUUCGAAAAGCAACGAGGGUUCCGACAGAGAGAAGGCUAAUUUGCGAGCGAAGAAGUCAUUGUUUAUAUCUUCCACCAGUGACGAUUCUCCUUCGGAUCCAGAUAAUAAUCCUGAUAAAUCAAACAAAAAAGAUAGCGAUAAUUCAAAUACAUCCAACAGUAAACCCCAUUCCUUAAAACGAGGUCGAGAAUUAGAUUAUGACAGUUCAAGUCAUAAGAAGAAGAAAUUCAAGUUGCAGAAGAAUCAGCAUUAUUUGACAGAUGAAAAGUUGCGAAUGACUUGCAAGGUUGUGUUGAAGAGAUUAAAGCCAAAAGUCUUGGCUCGAUUUUCUGCUGUUCUGGAACAAUCUAAACUGCGAUUGGAGUACAAACAAAUAGAAAGCAGUUUGGUCACUUUGGAAUCUCUUGAAAAGAAAAAAAGCAAGAAAGGUUCCAUUAAUGAUUCAAAUUCUGAUGACGAAGUCUUAUCAAAGUCAUCGAAAGACACUCCAGCAAAGAAGAAAAAGCGAGAUUCUGAGACUCCCGAAGAAAGUCUGUUGGAUCAUCUAAAGAAAGUGGAAAAUGAAGGAAUUCCGGAUGACAGUGUCGAAUCAGAAACCGAAAAGGAACGAAUUAAUGUUAAAGGAGAACCUCACGAUACCAGCACGGAUCUUGCUGUCGAAGCUGACAAACUAGCGAAACAAUUUCUCCUGAAUAGUUCGGAUUCGCAAGAUGAAGGGGGGAAUCCAGAGGGCAGCAGUUCCGAAGGGCCUAAGAAGUCGGAGAAGACCAAGCAACGCAAAAGUGUGAAUUUCUCAGAGAACAAACCUGAUCGAUCGAGCAGCAGUUCGAAAGAUGAUGAGGACAAUGCAAAGUCGGAUAAAGGUCGCUGGAAGAGAAGUAAACUUCUUACGAUGAAAUUAUCCGAUUCCGAUUCCGAAGCAGAGAAGCAAAGGUGGACUGCGUCCCAAGAAAAGCUUAAAGAGAAGAAAGAAGACGAAAAAUCAGGCGACGAAGACGAACAGGAGCGCAAGAUAAAAAAGAAGCGAGUGAAGCGAAGAGUAUUCGAAUCUGACUCCGAUAUAAAGCUGACAGAUGAGAGCUCGGAAGACUCUGACUCCUCGAAAGAAAAAUCGGAUGGCAAGGAAAAGGAGAAAGAAAAGAAAAGGAAGCCGCGCAAGCGAGGAACCGCAAAAUCCUCGGACUCCGAUUCGCUUUCCGGAGAGACAAAAACCAAGCCGAAGCGAAGGCGAAUCAAGAAAAUGGACAGUGACAGCGAUAGUGAUAACGAUGGGUUAACAAAUUCCCAAGGGACGCCGAACAAAGCUGGGAGGAAGAACAUCCGCAAGGUGCUUAAGGACAACAAAGUGGCGGACGUCACCAAGCAAGCAGCUAAAGAGGAGGAGGAAAGAUUGAAGCGCAUAGCGGACCGCCAGAAAUUGUACAACGAAAUGUACGAGAUGAGGCUCGCCGGAGAGGAGCGAGUGGACAAGCUAGUACUCGACUUCGACGAGGAGACCAAAGAAGAGAUAAUCAGUGUCCACGCGGAAUUAGUGAAACGUCUAAAGCCUCACCAAGCUCAAGGUAUCAAGUUUAUGUGGGAUGCUUGCUUCGAGUCGGUCAAGAGAUUAAAAGACAGCACGGGGUCUGGCUGCAUCCUGGCACAUUGCAUGGGCCUCGGAAAGUCCUUCCAAGUCGUAACGCUAACCCACACGUUGCUGACCCACGAACAGACACAGAUUAAAACCGUCAUGGUGGUCUGUCCCCUGAACACGGUGUUGAACUGGGUGAACGAAUUCAAAAUCUGGCUGGAACACGUGAACGGUGGUGAUGACAUUAACGUCUUCGAGCUGACGAAGAUGAAGAAGAACUUCGAGAGGAAGUACGAGUUGGAGAACUGGCAGCGCUGCGGAGGAGUUCUCAUAAUCGGGUACGAAAUGUUCCGGAACCUCAGCUCGUCCGGGAAGAAGAUGAGGAAGAGCAUGCAGGAGUCCAUUUUGAAGUGCCUGGUGGACCCUGGGGCCGACCUCGUCAUCUGCGACGAGGGCCACUUGCUGAAGAAUGAGGACACCGCCCUGAGCAAAGCCAUGAACAAGGUCAAGACUCUCAGGAGGAUAGUCCUGACCGGCACGCCGCUGCAGAACAACUUGAAAGAAUAUCAUUGCAUGGUGCACUUCGUCAAGCCGAAUCUCCUGGGCACGAAGAAGGAGUUCAUGAACAGGUUCGUCAACCCGAUAACGAACGGACAGUUCGACGACUCCAAUGAGUACGACGUGAAGUUGAUGAAGAAACGCGCCCACGUUCUACAUAAAAUGUUGGAGGGCAGCGUGCAGAGAUUCGAUUAUUCCGUGUUGAUGCCGUUCUUGCCGCCCAAACAGGAGUACGUUAUUUUCGUGAGGCUGACGGAAGUACAGGUGGAAAUGUAUCAGUAUUACCUGAACAAUCUUGCAAGGCGCCAGAGAGUUGCCGGAGGGAGCCUCUUCGCGGACUUCCAGGAGCUGCAGAGGGUGUGGACGCAUCCUAUCGUGCUGAAGUUGAACGCCGAAAAGGUUGAGAGGGCCAAUGAGAAGAAGAGACUCGAGGCGAGCGACUCCGAGGGUUCGUUGAGGGACUUCAUCGACGAUGGCGACGAUUCCGAUACCAGCAGCACCAGCUCCGGAAGUGCCGGCAGCAAGAGCAACGACGAUGUCCAGCUGAUCGACUCCGAGGGGGAGAAGAAGACCAGGAAACGCUCGACCAGAGCCAACCCUGCGCUCGAGCCGGAACCGGAACCAGAAGAGAACCGCGAAGAGCCAUCGGAGUGGUGGAGCCAGUUCGUCCAGCAGAAGCACUUCGACGACAUCAGGAUCUCCUCCAAGCUGACUCUACUCUUCGGGAUAUUGAAGGAAUGCGAGCAGAUCGGCGAUAAAGUGCUCGUGUUCUCGCAGUCCCUGUACUCCUUGACGUUGAUCGAGGAGUUCCUCAGAAGAAUCGACGACGAAACGCAGAACGACGUUAAGAGCGAACUCCUCGAAGGUCAUACCGGCAGUUGGUCCCUGGGUUUAGACUAUUUCCGACUGGAUGGUCAGACUUCUGCCGACAACAGAAGCAUUUGGUGCAACAUCUUCAACAAGCCCUCCAACACUCGAGCUCGUCUCUUCCUCAUCUCGACCCGGGCUGGAGGUCUGGGGAUUAACUUGACUGCAGCCAACCGGGUCAUUAUAUUCGAUGCUAGCUGGAAUCCCUCUCACGACGUGCAGAGCAUCUUCAGGAUAUACAGGUUUGGUCAGAAGAAACCUUGCUACAUCUAUCGGUUCUUGGCUCAUGGUACGAUGGAGGAGAAGAUCUACAAUCGUCAAGUGACGAAACUCUCCCUGUCGUGUCGAGUUGUCGACGAGCAACAAAUCGAGCGACAUUACAGCAAUAACGACCUCACCGAGCUGUACCAGUUCGAGCCGAACACUGACAAAGACAAGCAAACGUUGAAUCUUCCAAGAGACAGACUGCUGGCUGAGAUUCUUUUGAAGUAUAAGGACGCGGUUGACAAUUAUCAUGAGCACGAUUCUCUCCUGGAAAACAAGGCUGAAGAGGAACUAGACGAGGAGGAAAGGAAGCAGGCUUGGCUUGAAUACGAGGAGGAGAAGAAGGGACGAGUACCGACGAUGAAUGCCCACAUGAACUUCCAAAACCAGAUGAACUGGCAGCAACAACAGCUACAGACCGGAGUGAUUGAUCCCAACAAGAUACUUCUGGAUGUUGAAAAUAUUCAACGACUGAUUAAGAAAGAUUAUCCGAAUGCAACGGAUGUCCAGUUAAAGGCGAUGGCAACGCACGCAGUGAUGGAAAUGUACACCUAUGUUGAAAAGCAGACAAUGAUGAACAGAAAUCCUGUGAUGACGAAUCCAAUGUAUGCUCCACGAGCCCCUAACAAUGCUUUAGCUGCUAUGAAUCCUCUGGCACAGCAACAGUAUGCGGUGCAGCAACAGCGCACAUUGCUCCGUGUACUGCAGCAGCAGCAGCAACAACAACAACAGUUUCACCAUCAACAGCAGCAGCAACAGCUUCAGCAGGAGAACUACAAUACCUACAACAACAAUAGCAAUUGGAUAGCUGGAGACAUCGUAAGAGGAUCGAAAGACGAUGACAUUAUUGAGAUUACUCCUGCUACCGAUCGUGUCACGUCGACAACAGAACCACAAGCUUCCACGUCGUCAAAGAACAGUAAACCUCAAGAGGAAUAAAUGAGGAAUCGGAGAUACUUGGAAAAAAUGUGAGGAGUAAAUGAGGCAAGGGAAGUUGUUUUACUUAUUUCCUACUUCCGUUCGGAGGCUUAAAUCUUUGAGAAUGCAAAGUGUGAAUCAUGUCUUCUAUGUGUCCCCUUCGCUUCGGUAUGGCGUUAUUCGUAAAGAAUGAAAGGAGACUAGAUAUAUGUGGUUGUUGCAUAUGCAACUUCGUCAGUGUACAUAACCGUUUACGUUAGUUUAUAAAUAAAAUCGAGGGAAUGCAGUAACUACGAAGGCGCUCAAACCGGUUGAGUUGGAUUCACUCUAUCGGAGACUUCGAAUAACCAAGUUAACGACUUUCUAUACCAAGUGGUUGCACAGUGUAUUUACUUCCUUUAGUUCGGUAAGGUUUUUUAUCCUACUAUCUACGAUUACCAAACAAAUGUAAAAUUAUUAAAAGCUGUCUAGAGAAUGUAUAGUUGCUGCUGAUAUGAUAUCUUAGGUAAUGCUUCCGGGAGUUUUAUUCAAGUUCUAAAUGCGCACUUGUUUUCUGUAUUAUUCAUUACAUCUUAGAAUCAUGUAUUAAUGGUUAUUUCACGUUGGUUUGCUCUAUUUUCAUCCUUUUUAGUGUGUAAAGGUUCCCAUAGGAAAAUGCAACGAAGAAAACAAAUAUUUUAUAUCAGGAAGGAAGAGUGUCAUUGCAUUUAGUUGCCUUGUUACCUUCUUGUUAACAAGUUACUCCUUUAAAAACGGAAACAAUUUAUUUAAUAUACGAGUUAUAUAUAUUCAGUCAAAUGUACCGUUGGCAGUAGUGAAAAUAAAUUGUCACGUAAUCCUA